ACUGAUAUACAAUUAUUGCUGGUUCCAAGCGGUAAGAAGGAUGCUACGGUGCGCCCAUCGUUUCCAACUGCGCCGUUCCGCCUGUCCAAAGAAAGGCAGCGAUCAGUAAAUAAGAAUAUUAUAUUACUACCCGACCCUGCAGUUGUGCAGAUUGCGGGUGUUGAGUUUGCUGUCUCGGCGUCAGAAAUCAUCCAGCGUUUGGGGAGAGAGCAGAUAAGCUGCUCUGGAAAUAAAGAGAACGAAGAUCGUAUGACUUGUCUUGUCAACGAGCUGUUCAGAAAUUUCGUCAUUUACGAAAAGCCAAUCCGCUAA